AUGGACAAUAUUUUUCCUUCAUCAUCAUUUACUUUACAACUUAAUGAUUUUGAGCCCUUUGACCCUUCUUUUGUCUUCCAACAACACUCUCUUCCGCCGCUACUCAAUCCAGAUGUGCUGUUUGAUCAUCCGCCGUUAGCGGCGGAGGCGGAGGCGGGAAAGGAGCAGCUGCCGGAGUCCCCGGCGGCCGGCAACGGUGGCGUUGGAGGAGACGACAGUGACAAGCAAAGAAAAUUAGCUCAUAGGGAGAUUGAAAGGCGAAGAAGACAAGAAAUGGCUACCCUUUAUGCUUCCCUUCGCAAUGAACUCCCUCUUGAAUACCUUAGGGGGAAACGUUCAAUAUCUGAUCAUGUUAGGGAGGCAGUGAGGUAUAUAGAGCAGAAGCAGAAGAGCAUUAGAGAAUUAGAAGCCAAGAGAGACAAGCUAAAGAGGGAUAAUGUGGCGGCAAGUGAUGAUGUAAUUUCAGAUCCCAAUAAAGUAAGAAUUAGCACAAGGAGUGAAGACACUUCACCUUCAAUAAUGGUCAAAAUCCAGUCAAGCAGAGAGGGUGUUGUUGAGAUUUUGAUCAAUUGUGGGCCAUCAAAACUAGGGUUUGGAGUAUCAAGUGUUCUUGAACUGCUUCAUGAAGAAGGGCUUGAUGCAAUUAGCUGUUUCUGCUGUAGAGUUGAGGGAAACCUUCUGUAUUCCAUCCAAGCUGAGGGUAGUCGAGAGACAAGUGUUGAUCUUCAAAUGCUGCGGCAAAAGGUGACUCGUAGAAUUACAAUUAAUAUCACCAAUAAUUUGAUCCCAUGA